UUUGGGAAAUUUUUAAUGGUGUCACUGAAGUUAAUAGUGCUUAGCUAUCAACUGAGCAUACAUAGGAUUGCAAUGUCAGCCGUUACCAUUGAGACCAGGCAGAAGAUGCAGCUCCUCACCUCCAGGAGUUUUUGCCUUGUGGCUAUUCUGCUCUCCCAUCAUUUUCUAGAAGCUAUGGCACAGCAUUGUCCCAGGAGGUGGCUGCGGUACCUAUACAACUGCUAUGCAUAUUUUGAUUCCAAGGUGACGUGGCAACAGGCUGAGGUUGAUUGCCAGACCUAUGGCUUUGGGGCUCAUCUUGCCUCUAUCCUCAAUGCGGCAGAGUCUGCUAUAGUGGCUGAAUACAUCUCCAGAUUCCAGCAAACACGAAGUGAUGUCUGGAUCGGGCUUCAUGAUCCCUUUUGGAAUCAGAGAUGGAGGUGGGCUGAUAGAUCAGCCUAUAAUUACAAGGCCUGGUUGCCAGGAGAGCCAAACAAUCAAGGCAAGAUGGAACACUGCGUGGAACUGAGGAAAAGCACAGAUUUUAAACAAUGGAAUGACGUUUCAUGUAGUAAAAAGAAUGCCUACAUUUGCAAGAUUCAAUACUAG